AUGGUGUUGGCGGUAGGGACGCGUUGCCAUAGUAACCACGACUGGUCCGCCAAGCAGUUCCGGGCUCAGGUGAGACAGGACACACGUACGCCAUGCACCAGCCGGGCCUUCGCGCGCCGCCCCGCGAGCCGUGCCCUUGGCGGCCCUGGACGUGACUCCCUGCGGCCACGUACUGAUAGCGAGGACGAUGAGGAGGAGGAGGAAGAGGAGGAGGAGUUCGAUGAGGAGGCGUUCCUGGAGGAGCAGCGGAAGGCGCGGGAGGAGGAGGAGUUGGCGGAGGCCCUCGCCCUCCUGGAGACCCUGACACAGCUGCCGGGGAAGGAGAGCCUCACCUGGACGGCCCACCAGAAGUCCCUGGCCACCAGCUUCAUCAGGGAGGCCAACGAAACUAUCCUCUGCUGCUAUCUGGUCAGGAUCGGCGGCAAGGCGCGGCUGGCGGUGAGCCUCAACCUGCCCGUGGGACCCGUGGGCGUGGUGUGGUACUUCCUAAAGCUGGACCCCAAACAGCACAUCACAGCGGCCAACUUCAAGCGAUGGGUCAGUUACGGCACCCUGGACACAGACGACCCCCACGAGGUACAACACUUCCUGAUGGAGGUGUACCAGCCCGUGUUGCUUGCCGACCCCGCUGACCCGCCAGUCUUCGGCCACUACCGCCAGCUGGUCGGCCUCCCGCGCCUCAUCAACCUUGUGGGGGCACAGCUGGUGCAACACGAGGGCACCGCUACUGGUACCCCGAUGCUGUACGUGCCCCCAGAGGUGUUAGCGUUGCCUGAUGACCCCGAGAAACGCCGAGAGCUACCCUUAAACGCUGGACUGCUCGCUAGGACGGAAGAGUUGGUGCAGCAUUGGGUGGAGCAGAUUCACUCCUUCUGCUUCGAACAGGGCGACGCCUCCUCCCCUCUCGAGCUGGGCCUCCUGCAUGAGAUUCGGCAGCUGUCCAUGAAGAAGGACAUGGUACAGCGCCUCCUCACGCUGCUGGAAGGUCCUGAGUACGUCAAGGUGCUGCACUACCUGGAGGAAGAAAGCUCGCCUGUCACCCUCCUCAUCGGCCAGGCCAUCGACACCCUCAAGGAGGUGCAGCGGCGGCAGGAGGAGACGAGCGGGCAGCUGGUGCACCUGGAGGGCCCCCUGGAGCGGCUGUACACCGACUCCGUGCAGGCGCUGACGGAGCACAUGUACGACGUGCUGGCGCUGCUCAGGAUCAUCUGGAUCAACUCACACCACUACCACCAGCAGUGAGGGAGUCAGCGGCGCGUCAGCACGACACACGCUUCAUUAUAAGAGCCAUAACUCACUCAUGCAUCAUUUCUAGCUGUUAAUUUUGGAUGGG